GCUCAGCUUGGUGUCCUGGACGCCAGAGCCGUCUGAGCGCUCGGCCGGCCGGCGGUCGACACGGGCUCCGCCGCCCCCGACCUCGGCGACAGAGCAAAUCAGUUUCCUGGAGUGCCAAGCGAAGUUGUCCGUGUGCCCGUGAGAUAACGUCAGUGUAAGCUACCCUGAAUAAGUGAGGGAAAUCGACAACCGUGGAGCGUAAAAAUCCAGUUCAGGGCGUGAGCUGCUUGCAGGAAACAAGGCCACGCAGCUGCUGUUCCAUCUACAUCCCAUUCAAGCCUCCUUAUAAAACUGGAGGAAUUUGGGAAACUGAGUGUGUGACCCCCAACGUGGGAGAGGACAGGAUCAAGAUGGCCAUGUGGCAGGGAGCCAUGGAUAACAGAGGCUUUCAGCAGGGGAGUUUCAAUAGCUUCCGGAGCAGCUCCAGUGAUGAAGACUUGAUGGACAUUCCAGGGACAGCUAUGGAUUUUUCCAUGAGAGAUGAUGUUCCUCCCUUAGAUGGAGAAAUAGAAGAGGACAAGUCAUACAAUGGUGGAGGAAUAGGUUCUUCAAAUAGAAUGAUGGACUUCUUGGAGGAGCCGAUCCCUGGUGUGGGGACCUAUGAUGAUUUCAACACAAUUGACUGGGUGAGGGAGAAGUCUCGAGACCGGGAUAGGCAUCGAGAGAUUACCAAUAAAAGCAAAGAGUCGACAUGGGCCUUAAUUCACAGUGUGAGUGAUGCUUUUUCUGGCUGGUUGUUGAUGCUACUUAUUGGGCUCUUAUCAGGUUCCUUAGCUGGCUUGAUAGACAUUUCUGCUCAUUGGAUGACAGACUUGAAAGAAGGCAUAUGCACAGAAGGAUUCUGGUUUAACCAUGAGCACUGUUGCUGGAACUCCGACCAUGUCACCUUCGAAGACAGAGACAAAUGCCCGGAGUGGAACAGCUGGUCCCAGCUUAUCAUCAGCACGGAUGAGGGAGCCUUUGCCUACAUAGUCAAUUAUUUCAUGUAUGUCCUCUGGGCUCUCCUAUUUGCCUUCCUCGCCGUGUCUCUCGUCAAAGUGUUUGCACCUUAUGCGUGUGGCUCCGGAAUUCCUGAGAUAAAAACUAUCUUGAGCGGUUUUAUUAUUAGGGGCUAUUUGGGUAAGUGGACCCUGAUUAUCAAAACCAUCACAUUGGUGCUGGCCGUGUCGUCUGGCUUGAGCCUGGGCAAAGAGGGCCCCCUAGUGCACGUGGCUUGCUGCUGUGGGAACAUCCUGUGCCAUUGUUUCAACAAAUAUAGGAAGAAUGAAGCCAAGCGCAGAGAGGUCUUGUCGGCGGCAGCAGCAGCAGGCGUAUCUGUAGCCUUUGGGGCGCCUAUCGGUGGAGUGUUAUUCAGCCUAGAAGAGGUCAGCUACUAUUUCCCCCUCAAAACGCUGUGGCGCUCGUUCUUUGCUGCCUUGGUGGCAGCAUUUACCCUACGUUCCAUCAAUCCCUUUGGCAACAGCCGCCUUGUUCUAUUUUAUGUGGAGUUUCACACCCCCUGGCAUCUCUUUGAGCUUGUGCCCUUCAUUCUGCUGGGCAUAUUUGGUGGUCUGUGGGGAGCUUUGUUUAUCCGCACCAACAUUGCCUGGUGUCGGAAGCGUAAGACCACUCAGCUGGGGAGGUACCCUGUUGUAGAGGUACUCGUUGUGACAGCCAUCACUGCCAUCCUGGCUUUCCCCAAUGAAUACACCCGCAUGAGCACAAGUGAGCUCAUUUCUGAGCUAUUCAAUGACUGUGGACUUCUGGACUCCUCCAAGCUCUGUGAUUAUGAGAACCAUUUCAACACAAGCAAGGGGGGUGAGCUGCCCGACAGACCGGCUGGUGUGGGAGUCUACAGUGCCAUGUGGCAGCUGGCCUUGACACUCAUACUGAAAAUUGUCAUCACUAUAUUCACCUUUGGCAUGAAGAUCCCUUCUGGCCUGUUUAUCCCCAGCAUGGCUGUUGGUGCUAUAGCAGGUCGACUUUUGGGAGUGGGAAUGGAGCAGCUGGCUUAUUACCACCACGACUGGGCCAUCUUCAAUAGCUGGUGUAGUCAGGGAGCAGAUUGUAUCACCCCUGGCCUUUAUGCGAUGGUUGGGGCUGCAGCCUGCUUAGGUGGGGUGACGCGGAUGACCGUUUCUCUCGUUGUCAUAAUGUUUGAACUAACUGGGGGCUUGGAGUACAUUGUGCCUCUGAUGGCUGCAGCCAUGACAAGCAAGUGGGUGGCAGACGCUCUUGGGCGGGAAGGCAUCUAUGAUGCCCACAUUCGUCUCAACGGUUACCCCUUUCUUGAAGCCAAAGAAGAAUUUGCCCAUAAGACCCUGGCAAUGGAUGUGAUGAAACCCCGGAGAAAUGAUCCUUUAUUGACUGUCCUUACUCAGGACAGUAUGACUGUGGAAGAUGUAGAGACUAUCAUCAGUGAAACCACUUACAGUGGCUUCCCAGUGGUGGUGUCCCGGGAGUCCCAAAGACUUGUGGGUUUUGUUCUCCGAAGGGAUCUCAUUAUUUCAAUUGAAAAUGCACGGAAGAAACAGGAUGGUGUUGUGAGCACGUCCAUCAUUUAUUUCACCGAGCAUUCUCCUCCCAUGCCGCCCUAUACCCCGCCCACCCUGAAACUCCGGAACAUCCUGGAUCUCAGCCCCUUCACUGUGACCGACCUCACCCCCAUGGAGAUUGUCGUGGACAUCUUCCGCAAGCUGGGACUGCGGCAGUGCCUGGUUACGCACAACGGGCGGUUGCUUGGAAUCAUUACCAAAAAGGAUGUGUUAAAGCAUAUAGCACAGAUGGCGAACCAAGAUCCUGACUCCAUUCUCUUCAACUAGAAUCACAGGGUUGUGCUGGAUAUAAAACAGGAAGGACAUUGCAGACCAUGGAUGUAUUUUGUUAACUGGGUACCCAAAACACAUUUCCUGUAUUUGGAGGGUGAAGUUAUAUUAUUAGUGUGUUGUCCCUUUCCUCUAAGUUAGCCAGUUGCACUACAUAAUCUCUGGAAUUUAAUCUUCUCUUUAGGAGAAAAUACAGUUAGGCAUCUGUGAUAUUGCAUUAGGAAGAUUUUAUGAAAGAGUCAACGAGAUUGCUCUGGUUUCAUUCUUUUUAAUUUUUUUAAAAUUUAAAACAUAAUUGUUAGCCAAUAUGCAAUCACUGAAAACUAUGCAAGAAAAAUUCCAACCGUCCUGACCUAUAGCCUGCAGGAAACUCAUGAAAAAGUCACUUUUUUUGGACUCUGUCGUUGGUGGAAGAUGAAGUGUAAGCUAAGGGGCUUUGCUUUUCCAACCACAGAAAGGAAAGCCAGAAGGAAAAUAGUAAUGGUGUUCUCCAGACUGUGAAAAUUCAGUUCAAAUGUUAUCUUGUUCCUGUUACAAUACUUAGCAUUAUUAGUUUGUGUGUGUGUAUGUGUAUGUUAAUUUUAAUAUCUGAUUAUAAGACAAUGCUGCUUUGGUUAACCUUCUCUAAACGAAUUUAGAGAGGUUGACUUUUAUAGCUUGCUUGUUCCUGGUACUCUUUUGAAGUGCACAAAGAUAAGUCAUGGAACUUUCUCCUUGUCUGCAAAAAGGGUAAUUUUCCAGAUGGUAUCUGUUAGCCAGUAGACAAGGACUUCGUCAUGAAUUUGUUAGUAGCAAGGAAUGAUUUCUUCGGCUUCCUUGGAAUGAAUGAUUAGUAAAGUUCUAAGCAAAAUCAAUGACUAGGAAUUUCACAUUUUCUUGUGAGGUCCUGACUCAUUCUCUUAGCCAGAUGCCGCCUCCAUGAGUGAUGGUGCUUUAGGCUUCUGGAAUAUGUAAGAGUAGUAAAGGGAAUCACUUCGAGACUGCGUGCUGAUAAACCAGGGAAGAUCCCGAGCUGAAUCUGCAUACUCAUGCAUUCCUUUGUGAAGACCACCAGUACUAAAAUAGCUGGGGGCUCAUGCCUCCUCCCAGUGUUAAGUGCAUAACACAGGCCAGUGUUGUCCCUGUGAACAUGAAUUUAGGCUUGGGGUACAUUCAAAUCUAUUUGAGGCAUUGGAAUUAGGAUAGGCAGCUGCGACUCCCUUGAGGCUCCUUAGAAUUCUAAGUAAAACGCAGAGCUAUCCUAAGACCCAGGGGUGUGGACAAGGCCUGGUGACACCAAAGGUGCUUGUUUAUCCAAUUGCAAAGGUGCCUGUCUCAAUUUUCUACCACCUUUAUUGCAGUAGAAAACAUCACACUGUAGGGACACCUGGUGGAAUCACAGAGCCACCAUCAUCGCCAUCAUUCCGACCGACGCCCUGUUUCAUUUUCUGUUGUUUUCCCCAUGUGCAGCUGCCCCUGCUACCAACCCUGUGUUUCCCUCCAUUCUUUUCUCCUUCCACUCCUCAGUCCCCAGUCCUCUCUUUGGGAUUGGGCGCCAUGCCUGGUUAAUCAUUCCUCUCUCAAGGAAGAACUCCCAGGGAUAGUUAAAUUGUAAACUGGGGCUCAGCAACCUUCUGGCAUGGGGACCCGAGGUAACGCACAGCCGCCUGCUUUGCUCUCUAGCGCAUUUGCUGUCACCAUGCCUCCUUCCCUCUCUGUGCCGAUGCCCAGGGCCCGCAGUAGCGGGACUCAACUGCCAGGGCUGUGAAUUCAGCCUUUCCUGUUCUGCAGGUCCGUCCCUGCACUGUGCACCAUCCUUCCAGCCUAGAACCAGCAGUCACUCAGCACAGCCUCCCCUUCCCUCCACCUCCCCUCCCCCAACACCUCAGGGUUCCUCAUUUUAAAAGUUGCUGAACCCUGAAUCUAGGAUUUUUUUUUUUUACCCCUAGUUCUUUCCAAAAUCUGAAAUUCUUUUAUUGCCCAGACCUGGGUAGCUAAGGCUUGUAUUGAUUUUUAUCUUUCAGCUGUCAAGGCACUCACCAGAGUUUUGCUUCGUUUCUUCUUUUCUUUAAAGUAUAUCAUGCUAACAUUUUAGAGAAAGAGAAAAAAACUCUUUAGGUUAUCUUCAGUUAUAGUCAUGACUUAGUCCCUUUAUGUCUUCUGUCCCUUUCAUGCCACUGAUUUCCUCAUCUGAGAUGAGGCCGUGGGCUAAACCGCCCCUGUGUAUUGUGCAGAAGUCAUUCUUAUCUGUAUUUCUGGUUCACUACCUAUCUUUUCUUAUUAGCUGUCCAGCUGAAGUUUGCAAAACAGGAAGCAUUAGUAUUUCUGGUAUUUGAUGAGACAAAGGUUUGGUCGCAUUUCAUAGUGCAGCAGUGCUAUGGAGGGCGUCUGAGUUUGCCUUUGUGUUUCUUCUAGGGUCUGUUUUUGAUUUCAGACAGAUGAGCCAGUGUUAAGGUGCUACUUCAGAGAAUUAAUUCGAGAAAUCAGAUAACACUGUGCCAAGGUAUAGGUAUACUUUCUAGAUGCUAAGCACCGAUUGGCCCUCCAGAGAAUAAUAUCCUUUUGAUACCUCACUCCUGAUAAAUCUCAUUCAUUAACCUCAGCUUCUCAGGAAUCCUUGUAACACAUAGGCUAGAAGUAGCUAUAGUGUACGGUAUUCAUUAUAUGUCCAGUCCUAUGGUUUGGCUCAAAGGUUGGCUAAUUGUGGCUAGAGCUCUCUGCUAGACUGUUAGCUCUGCACCUGACACUCAAGGGUUUCUUGUCUUCAGGCAAAGGAAAAUGCUUUCUGCCAUUGCAAAGUCAGCAGUUGGACCGACUUAACCAACAAACAAAGCUGAUACAGGGAGGCCUCUCUGUAGCCUCAAGUGGCCACAUACCUCAAUGGCAAAAGACUAGAUGAUCUGUGAUUUAAAAAUUAAUUUGAAUUGAGACGAGUGUGUUUGGGCGUAAAGAAGAGAAAAUUGCCCAACACAAGGGAAGGCUCUACAAAGGAAUGCUAGUAAGUGCUUCAGGAGAGAGGAUUUUCCGAGGAGAAAGAUCUGGGAGACAUCCAGUCAUGAAAAGAAUGGGGGUUGGUAGGUUUGUAGAAGUCUAGCUGCUAUACUUUGUAGAGUCAGGUAUUCAGUGUAAGGAAUUACAGAGGCCAAAACCGUUAAUGCAUGGUUAGACCACUGGAAGGGGGAAGCAAGGGACCGAAAAUGCAAACUAAUGGCCACUUUCAAGGUCAUUUCUAUUCGGAUGUUUGUUCAGACACUCUCCUCUUUUCUGGCCCCAGCUUCCUUCUGGCUUGGGCCAGCUGUGGAAUAGAGGUGGUAUAAUCCACAGAAUUGAUAUCCUCUGGUGGAUAAUCUGACAUUGAUGACACUUUGGAUUUGCCAGCUGGCAGAGCAGACGAUUAAUUUGCUGAUUGAACAGCAAAGCAGCUUAGUUGUUUUGGCAUCAGAGGCUGAAUCUGAAGCCCUUACCGGAAGAGCAGAGCACAACAGAAAUUUCUGUAGCAAGUCUCCAUUUCCAUUGGAAUGUGAGAAAGAUAAAGUAAUGGGGAUUUAGUGUGGUUUAAGACUGUGAAGUAAUUCUUACCCAUGAUCUUUUUUUUUUUAAAGGUGGAGAGGGGAGAGAGAAAGAGAGAAUCUUAAGCAGGCCCCAUGCCUAGCCUUGAGCCCAACGCAGGGCUCAAUCUCAAAACCCCUUACAACCCCGAGAUCGUUAGCUGAAAUCAAGAGUCAGAGCUUAACCGACUGAGCCACCCAGGUGCCCCUUAACCAUGAUGUUAGGAGCUCGUUCAGGUGUGGGGGGAACAAAUAUAAAAACUUGUCAUGCAGCAGAGUCCCAUCAUGCAGAGUAAUCGAGCAUGUUAUACGUUUUAAGUAUUUGCAUUGCCUGUCCCGGGUCGGUCUCUAUCUUGGUUGGUUUUGUGAGGUGAUGAGGAGGAUGGUGAACUUGUUUAUCCCGCAGUAUCUUUUUAUUUUAAUUAUGAGGAGUGCAAUUUUUGAAGUUUGAGUUUUUAAUGAUGAUAGUGAAGACAGUAUUGAGAAUCUGAAAUAACCAGUGUGUUUUAUAUUGCCAAAGUGCUUGCUGAGGACUGUCCGUCCACAUCGCCACCAAUAAAUUCAGGGAAGGCAGGAGGACAUUUUUUCAGGGUAGUACACAGAGUAUUGAGCUCUUGAAAACCCUGAGAAAAACUAGAGCUUUAGAAAGGAAAUGGGAAGUAGGAUAUUCAGUUCUUUAAAAAAAAAAAAAAAGUCUAAAUAUGUGGCCUGAACUUAAGUGUCCUAAAACCUUGAUUUUUUUUUUUUUUUUUAAACCGCCUCUGGGUUUGCCUGGACUCCCUCUGGAGAGAGAAUUGGAAGAUGCGGCAGUGGAAAACCCCUAGUAAGAAAGUAUAUGAGUUCUUGCAAGAUGGUGGUAGGAAGGCCGUCCUACACCCCAAGCCAUACAAUCGGGCCUUUAUAAACUGUUUGUUCAUGUGCCUGGGUAGAGAACAAGUCAAGUAGUCUUUCAGAGACCAGGUUUUGCAAGUAGAGGAGAGGCUCUGAGCCAUGUUUUGCUGGAGGCAGUCUGCUUGGAUGGGGAGGGCUAACCUGAGACCAGACAUCUGCUCAGGAAGGGGGCUGGUGACAACAUGCCAUUGUCUAAAUGAGAAGCUUUAGGUAGACCGUCUUGAAUUUUGAUAGCAAGACAUUUAAAAAAAAAUCUAUAUUGUAGCCUCCCGAGAAUGUAUUUCUUGUGUAUUAAAAAGAAAAACAGAGAGGGCUUCUCGGAUCAGAGCUCAGGGAGCCGUGUAAACUUGCAGGGAAAUUAAUGUAGUGGUCCCCAGGCGACCCUUUGCUCUGCCUCAGUUUUGGUCGUUCACUCCGAGGAGAGAAGUUCUUGGAAUAGUAGGUCUUAGCAACUUCACGUUACUCCACAAAUGUUUGCUGGCUACGGUCUCACUUCUGAACAUCUGGAUCCGGGCAAAGUUUUGAAGCGAUGUAGGGAACAGAAUUGAUUUUUCCACUGUGUAGUCCGAUUUUGCCAACUCACCCAAGAAAGAAAGUCUGUGAUGUGCAGAGUUUGUGUUUCUUGGAUGGGACCCCGCAGGUCCCCCUGCCCAGUCCCACAGUCAUAAAUUCCUACCUCUCAGUUCCUGCCAAAGGGUCUUCAGCCUCUGUGUGCACUCACUAAAUGAAUGCCUUGCUUAAAGUUUGGCCUCUUUAAAAGCAGAAACGGCAUAUGAUGGUGUAAAAAUAGGAGGGUUUAGAAAAAGCGAUCUCUGCCUCUCUUUCUCUUUCCUCUUCCUCCCCCCUCUUUUUUUCCCGUUACCCCUCUCCCUAUCCCCGAUUCAUUUUUUUCUCAGUUGUUAACAAGCAUGUUGUUUUGAAUGUGGACCUUGGGGAAGGGACGGCGUCAUUCUAAGGACAGAGAAUGGAGGACACUUCUAAGCUGCUGGACCACAUGGGGUUCUGCUCUACUGUCGGGGCCAAAGCCAGGGCUGUUCCUUGAGAGCAUUAAGGGUUUUAGCGUCUCAAGGCGGACAUAUGAAGAAUUCAUUGCUAAACCUGAUUUUCUACUAGUCCAAAUCUGUUGAAAGUCAGAGACGGCCUAGGAUUUGGUGAGUGAAAUGCCAUCUGGCAACAUGGGGACAAAGGGGUGGCCUGAGAUGGUUUCAUCAGGGUGGGAAUGAUCAGUCUGGUCACAUUGGGUAUGACCUCAGAACACACGGUCCUUCAAGAGUGCUCAUUUUCCCUUCUCUGUUUUACUGUGGCCCCUUCCUCCCUCCCUUCUCGCCCUUUGCCCUGCCUUUUCAGUACUCAGCUUUUAAAUAAAUAUGUACAUUUUUAUUAUAUACUUGGUCCUUUGGGACUAUGUAAUGGUUAAGAAGUGAUUUCAUUCUAGAUUUAAAAAUCCGACGUGUUUAGUAUUUUGUUCUCUUAAACUGUCUUUUGGAGCUAUGCUGCUAACCCGGUACAGGCCAGAAAGGAGUUGGGCCUGCCAGAUAGCACCCUGGUCAUGUCACCUGAGGAUGACAUUGAUGUUGCUACGGUGACUCUUCUCUGUUUGACCAAGGCCAGCCUCCCGCUCUUACCUCUCUAAUUCACCCCUGGCUCCGGGAGAAUUGCUACCCACUGGGUGAGCCGGUGAGGCCAGGAGGAUCAGAAAAGCCGGUUUCCAGCCCACGGGCCCCUCUCUGAAUUCUCCAUAAUACGCUCAUUUGUAAGGCCGGCUCCCUACCACAGUAGCCAAAGAAAACCCGUCUGACUCGACAUUUUAGGUCCUCAGCGUUGGUAAAGGUCCCUCUGAAGCUAACGCACAGACAGCAACAGCAGCCAGGCAUGUACAGAAGCUAGCAUCAGCCAAAGCUCAUACAGCCCGAGUUGCAUAGGGAGCUUGGUGCCGAGCUGUUCUGAGCGAUUAUUUAUUCGAGUACUGCCAAGCCUUACGUCACGCUUUCUUAGCUUUGUUCUAGCUUGUAGAGGGGUUGGUCCCCGUUCAUAGGCACAGCCUGUACCAAAGCUGUGGCUUACUGCUUGCUUCAUUUCGCUUCCUGGUCAUGCAUAGCAACAUAGUCUAAAAAGGAAGACAUGGGCUGGGGAGUUAGGAGACCUGGUUUCUAUUCCCUAUGCUUCUACUAACUAGCCUUGAGAUCUUAACCGCUCUGUGCCUCAGUGUUCCCAUCGGCAAAAUGGGGAUAGCGUUAAUUGCCCUACCUACCUCACAGGGUUGUUGUGAGGAUAAACCGAGACAAUGAAUGGAAAGUACUUUGACAAGUAAGUGCUAUGCAAACUGUAAGAGAUGGAAACAAUCACGUUAAAGGCAAUGGAAUGGACACUGGCAGAAGGGUUAAGGGGCUCAUCCAGCCCUUUCUCUGUGUGGCAUAAACCCGGGUCGCCAUUGCUUUAUACAUUUUCACCUAGCACAGAUUUGUAAUUAUGCAUGUAAUAAAGCACAGCCUUAUCCUA